UUGAUGUGACACAUUGAUUAAGACUAGGGAUCAACGACAGCUACUGCUAGCAUCAUUUAGCUACUUACUCAAGGGUCCACCCGGUCCGAUUCCCUGAUCUUUGGCAGGUGGCGUGCCGCUCUGCCUUUCGAAGUUCCCAGGGUUGGAGAAAUAAUCCCUCAGCCGCGGGAGCUCCCUGCCCGCCUCCAGCAGUUCUGUGUGUAACUCCAAGGCCGUGAGGAUGUACUGAUCGCGUAAUAGCUGAGCGGCAAUGACAUCCACCGACACCCGCGUUUCGGCACCGCCUGCCAUAGCUGCGGUGGCCGCGGAAAAGAUGCCCUCCCCGUUUGGGCUCGUUCGGUUGACGCUGGACAGCAGCAGCGUCGGAGGCUCGGCGUCCGCGGACGGAGAGAAGGGGUUGCCCGGCGGUGGUCCUGGCGCCCCGUCACUCGGGCUACGCUCUGUGUCAACUGUCUCAUUGGGUCGCCGUUCACUCUCCUCCUCGGAAUCACUAAGAUUAAAUGGGUUUACCGACGCCAUAUUUGCACUGGAGAGGCUGUAGCUAUUUAAGCUAAGCUAAUGAGACCUCCUUCCUGAAUGGAUGACAAGCUCGCUUGGGAAAGGAAUCUCGCGUUAACUCUGAUUGGCCAGUUGUCUCGUGUCACGUGAUAUUGGUUCCGAUUUCCUUUCAAGUGGACUACUGAUACACUCAUACAUCAUAGGAUGUGAUAAUACUUGUCUAGAAAUCUUCCGAGCGUGUCCUUCAAUCCGCAUGACUGUCAUUCCUCUGAUUCAAAAAGUACACUGUUUCGCUUAGUCUAUUUUCAUGUACAGGUUGUAGAUAGAUUAUUGGUGCAAGUGCCAACCGCGCCCAUUUACGAAUCCGGAAGUUGAUUUUAUUCCGUUACACACAAAUGUGACUCAUCUCUCUUCUCUUGAAGAUCUUUGUAAGUGGUCCGUCAAAUUGUGAUUGGUCAGAUUUCCUACAACUACCCACAAUCCCACUCGGUAGCAACGAGUCACUACAAGGAAGUGAAGGGACUACAGUAAUCUUAUUAGAAAGGACAGAUGGUUUUUGUAAAAGCACGUAUUUGGGGAUCAGACCGAGUGUGUUUUGUACCAUGAAGUCUUUCUCUGUGAAUAUAGGUAUUUUUUUUGCCAUCUAUGAGCAUAAAAUAUAAAUAAAACAAGAGCGACGAGCUGUGUUCCUGUCUCCCCAGUCAUUCGGAUUUCUGAAGUUGAAGACAGACUCCAUGUGGUGCUGACAGACACUCAAAAUGAAGAUGAUCACCUUUUUUCUGGUGGGACUGACAGUCCAUGUCAUCUUCUUCCUGUCCAUCUUUGACAUCUACUUCACCUCUCCUUUAGUCCAUGGCAUGAUUCCCAUGGCCACACUUUUGACACCCCCUGCUUCCAGGCUGGUGCUGAUCGUGGCCGAUGGUUUGAGAGCGGACAGCCUCUUCACUCUGCUCCCGAACGGCUCAUCCAGAGCUCCUUACUUGAGGAGUGUCGUUGAGGAGAGGGGUACCUGGGGUGUUUCCCACACGCGUGUUCCCACUGAGUCCCGCCCUGGUCAUGUUGCACUCAUCGCCGGCUUCUAUGAGGAUGUAAGCGCUGUUGCUAAAGGUUGGAAGGAGAAUCCUGUGGAGUUUGACUCCGUGUUUAAUGAGAGUAGACACACUUGGUCCUGGGGCAGCCCUGACAUCCUGCCCAUGUUUGCAAAAGGUGCUAGUGGAGACCACGUGUACACCCACACAUAUCCAGCAGCGGAGGAAGACUUUGCCUCCACAGAUGCAUCCAGGCUGGAUAGCUGGGUGUUCGCUCAAGUCAAAUCGUUUUUUCAGUCCGCAAAAUCAAACUCCACUUUGAUGGCCGGUCUGCUCCAGGAUAAGAACGUCUUCUUUCUGCAUCUGCUGGGCCUUGACACAAACGGACAUGCUCACAGACCAAUGUCACAGGAGUAUCUAAGCAACAUUGGCCUUGUGGACUCUGGUGUGUCUGAACUGGUGUCUCUGGUAGAAGACUUCUUCAGCCAUGAUGGCAGGACAGCCUACGUGUUUACCUCAGAUCACGGCAUGACCAACUGGGGUUCUCACGGUGCCGGACACCCCUCAGAGACUCUCACCCCGUUAGUGGUUUGGGGGGCUGGAGUGCAGAGUCCCCACAAACUGACUGAAACUCAGCUUUAUCAUGAUGGAUACUUGCAAGACUGGAAACUAGAGCACCUAAGAAGGGUUGAUGUCAAUCAGGCUGACAUUGCUCCUCUCAUGGCCUCUCUCAUCGGUGUACCCAUUCCCGUCAACUCUGUUGGUGUGUUACCGCUCCUCUACCUGAACAACACUGAUCGGUUCAAAGCAGAGUGCAUGUACACGAAUGCCAUUCAAAUACUGGAGCAGUUCAAGAUGAAAAUGAAGCAGAAAAAGGAGACAACCUUGUCUUUUCUCUUUACGCCUUACAAGCCGCUGACUCAGCCUAAACAAGUCGAAUUCAUCCACAAAGCAAGAAUCCUGAUGCAGCUGGAAAAGUAUGGAGAAGCUAUCUCCCUCUGUCAGUCUCUGAUAUCCCACGCCCUUGAAGGCCUCCUUUACUACCACACCUACGACAGGUUUUUCUUGGGUUGCAGCGUGGUGUUGGGAUUUGUUGGCUGGACCUCGUACGUCGUCCUCGUCAUCCUGAAGACCCACGCCAGCCUCAACAUGCACCCCGAUAUCCUCACACAGAAAACCAAUCCUACCCUGCCGAGGCUGUGUGUGUGCGUCACGCUGGUGAUCGGUAUAUUCCUGCUCGUCCAGAGGAGUCCGAUCACAUACUAUGUCUACUGUCUGCUGCCUGUGCCUGUGUGGUACUCUGUUCUUAAAGAGUCUAAAACGCUAACAGACUUGAUUCAGUCAGCUCAUUCCUUGCCACUGUGGAAAUGUUUUGGCUACUUUGUGUUGGUUGCAGUUGGCAUUGAGCUGCUGGUGGUAAGUUUCUUCCAUCGCGCCAUGCUGACGGUGGGUUUGGCUGUGCUCUCUCUGUGGCCGAUGCUGACAGGGCUUUUUGGGAAGGCCAAGUUCCGAUCAUUGAACUGGUUUCUGGGCUGCCUGUGUUUGGCUGCAUUCCCUCUGAUGCCUGUAGUGGGAAGAGAGCCUAACAUCAAUCUGGUGACAUGUGCAGGUCUCCUCACUCUUUUCACAUCAGCCUGUUUCCUCUGGCCGUCACAGAACAGGACACCGCUUCACUCGAGUGACAAACAGCAGUUUAUCAUCCAGAUGCUGCACGUGGCCGUGUGUGCGUACGUGCCGUCCCUCACACACUCCAGCCUGCAGCAGAAACAGGGUCUGCCUCUUCUCAAUCAGAUGAUCAGCUGGGCCACGUUUGCGUCUUCCAUACAUGUGCCACUGAUGAGCUCUACGCGUCUGUUCCACCGGCUUCUCAGCAUUUUCCUCUCGCUCACAGCCACGUACCUGCUGCUUAGCACAGGGUCGGAGGCCUUGUUCCCGCCGGUGUUAUCCUGGUUGAUGUUUGUGUGGAUCAACAUUGAACAGGAAGCCAUGAUCGCCGAGGGCUUCUCUGGAAGACAAGAGCUCUCCACGAUUGAUUUCUCUGCCAACAUUGACAUCUCCAAAAUUCGCCAGCUGAAGCUGGAUGACAUCCGGCGAUCUUAUUUCUUUGUUUUUUUCAUAAUAACCGCUUUCUUUGGCACCGGGAACAUUGCAUCCAUCAACAGCUUUGACCCAGCGUCUGUUUAUUGUUUCCUGACGGUCUUCAACCCCUUCAUCAUGGGAGGGCUGUUGAUGUGGAAGGUCAUUAUUCCAUUCAUAAUCGUCACGUGCACGUUUGAGACCAUCCAAGUUACAACGCAGCUCUCAUCCAGAAGCUUAUUCCUCAUAGUCCUGGUUAUAUCCGACGUGAUGGCUUUGCACUUCUUCUUCCUGGUGCAGGACAAUGGAAGCUGGUUGGACAUCGGCACAAGCAUUAGCCACUACGUGAUAGUGAUGUCAAUGACCAUCUUCCUGAUGCUGCUCAGUGUGGUUACACACAUCCUCACGUCGAAAAGACUGCUUUUGUGGCGGAGACGCAAGAUGCACUUCCCCUGAACAAACACAAAAACAGGCGGGGGUUUAUGUGGUUGUCUUUUAAUGUACAUUUAUAGAAAACUGUUGGAUGUCUUUAUAUUUAGGGCGAUUUGUUGUGCUAGGCUACGUUCACGCUGCAUGUCUAUUUUAUUUUUUUUCUCGUAUAUCCGACAGACGUCAUCGAAAGGCGACAAACGUCACAAUUCGUCGCCGAAGAAAAACGGCGAAGGAACAGAAAAUGCAAUAGGUUCCACGCAUGUGCAGAACGCGUCCACAUCCGGUCGGCCUAUUUUUCGGCAGUCACAUGCUAGGUAUUUGUAAUGUACGCCCUCCGUGGAUCUAUGUUACACUCCCAAAAACCUUAAGAUCUGAGAAAUGAUCACAUUUUUUUUCUCAUAUCAUAUCCAUGGUGCAAGUGGAUAAUUUAUAAGCCUCUUUUCUUGGUUCCAUAAAUUAUUUUACUUUUUUUUCCACCACUGGAAAAAAUUCACACAAAAGCAUUUGCUAGCAAAAGCAUUUGCUAGGAAUAUGUGUUUGGAUGAAUGGUUUUUCUGUUUAGAAAACAAGUAAACUAGCUGAAUCCUCUAGAUUAAUCCAUCAUUGCACUCUGCUUAUGGUUGUUUACAUUCAAAUAUGACUGCAUUUUAUGUGUUUUAUUCUAUUUAUUUAUGUGCGUCAUAAGUAACCGGAUAUGACGUUUACGUCUGAGCUACGUGCAUUGCGUACAUUUUUACGUAGCUCAGUCUUGGUGAGUAAGGAUGAUAGAAACAUCCGCAUGCUAGCUAAGUCUUUUAAUAAGAGUCACUAAUAAAAUAACCCCAAAUAUAUUACAUAUAUGAAGUAUGGUUAUUGACCAUUUAUGUUAAUAUAUUUAAAAAGAAGAAAACUACCACAUCACGUGCUGUCGUAAAAAAGUUGCUAUGAUAAAGUGGCAUAGAUGUCGCACAUGCUCAGAACCGAUUGCGUUUCCGGGACGGAUUGCUCAGUGACAAGCGCCAAUCAGUUGUAUUUGAACGGAUUACUCACGUCAAUGUCCCGCCACUCCUGGCUGCGCUCCUCGGAACAGACAUCACGGCAAGUGCCCCCAAAAAUCCCAGUAUCAAAAUUCUUUCUUUCUUCCUUCUUAAUUUCCUACGCUAAAUAAUCUGGUUGAGAAAAUGUGCCAGGAUUGAGACCACGAGGGCACCGUGGUUACUUCCGCCAACACAAGACGCCGUGCUUGUUGCGGAUGUGCGUCACUUACCAGAAGUGAGGACGAUUACGGUACAAAAACACCACGUCCUGCAGCGUGAACGUAGCUAAAAAGUAUCGAGUGCUCAAUUAGUAAUUAAACUUAUGUAAUUAGUCAUAGUUAUUUGCGAGGAAAUAAUUUGGUUGAGAAAAUGCGCCAGGAUUGAGACCACGAGGGAGCCGUGGUUACUUCCGCCAACACAAGACGCAGUGCUCUGUGCUCAUGCCUUUCCCGGAAGUGAGGACGAUUACGGUACAAAACACACCACGUCCUGCAGCGUGAACGCAGCUAAAAAGUCUCGAGCGCUAAAUUUGUACUUAAACUUAUGUAACUAGUCAUUGUUAUUUGCUCAGAAUUAUAGGAUACAUUCAUUACUAGCGUUUACCUCAGCUCUGGUUGUUAUCAUGAUAUUUGCACAAAUCUAUCAUGUUUUGUACAAUAUUAUUUUUACAUUAACACUAUUCACACGGCUACUUGAAUGCAGUGUUUGGACUGACAACUGUGCUGCUUGUUUUUUGUUUUUUACAAAUUAGUGUUGUUUUGAAGGGAAGCAUUGUGAUUUUUCGGUAGAUGAGCUUUAAUAAAACUGACUGACUUAAAAAACAACAACUAAAGAUGUUGCAAUAAAGUAACAUAAAGGAAGAAAGAUAUUAGUACAGCAAUCCCUCCUUUUUGCAGGUAGUUGUUUCGUUUCCACAGAGUAGCCUUCUUUAUUUAGAAAUGGAUUAUUUUUGUAGUUAGAGCAUAGAAAAACUUUUUACGACCUUCUAAAUACGAGUUUUAACAUUAUUAGAGACCUCUGGCCAUGAAACAACACCCCUAUAGUCACCUUUACACUCUUAUUACCCAAUAUAGUAGACAUAAUAAGAGAAAAUAAGCCAUUUAAGACAUAAUAUAGACCGGGGUGUCCAAACCUUUUCCACCAAGGGCCACAUACUGAAAAAAAGAAAGGAUGCAAGGGUCACUUUGAUGCUAAGAAGUUAUAUGUAUAUAUUAAAAAAAAAAAUUCUAAUUCAAAUUUUUCUAUUUACAUAAUAUAAUAAUCAAUGUUUUCUCAUGGUAUUAUUUUAUUCCCUUUAAUAUUUUGACUUUAUUCCAAUAUUAUAACUUUUUUCCCCCGACCUAAUUUUCUAGAAACAAGUUUAUUUUGUUUUUUUUCUCAUAUUAGGACUUUAAAAAAAAAAAAAAAAAGUAUUUUUUUAUUUAAUAUUUCAACUUUAUGCUACUAAAAUUACAAGUGUGUUCUCAUAAAAUUUGUACUUUUCUUCUGGUUAGAAUAUGACUUUAUUCACAUAACAUUUUUACUUUUAUUCUUGUAAUUGAAAAAAAAAAAUUACAACUUUUUUGGGGGGCUUCGCAUAAUAUUACGGCUUUUAAACAAAACUUUUAUUUCUUUAAUUUUUCAACUUUAUGCUACUAAAAUGACGUUAUUUUUCCUCAUAUUACAAUGUUGUUUUUGUAAAAUUACGACUUUUUCUUGUUAGAUUACUACUUUUUUUCUUUUCCUAAUUUGUGUUUAUUCCUGUAAAAUUACUGCUGAUGUUUUCCAUUUUUGCUGUUGUUUUUUUCAUUUUAUUUUGAUUUUUUUAGUUUUCUUGUUAAAUUAUAUUUUUAGAAUGUGUAUUUUAUGUUAGCUUUGGGAGAGUUCCUUGUUAUUCUUUUUUGUACUUCCUGUUUCGUACGGCGCUUCCUGCUGUGGCUAUUGUCUCAUCGGUGGAACAUUACUGACACCUAGUGACCAGUGUAGAAUACUACAUAUCAUCACAACGUCUUCUGAAUGCCUUAUAUUCAUAUUUUAGAUAACGUAGACAUUUUUGUGCUUAAAAAUACUUAAUUUAGGCAAAAGGCACAAAAUUUGGUUACAUAUGCACAUUUAUGACCAAUAAUAGGCCGUAUUAAACCACAAACAGUAUGAUUUAGUAGCCUUUUAUUGUAGCCAACUUAAGACACACCUGUGCAGUAAUCAUGCUGUCUAAUCAGCCUGAAUUUUGAAUUCUAAACGCUCGCUAACACAUCUAGACAGAUCUGUCAGCAAUACUUCAGCACUCAUGAAAAAUGGAGGCAAAAAGAUGUGUAUGAUAUCAUUCACUUUGCAUUGUCUCCUGUGCUAGUAGUUGUUUCAAAGUGAGUUGGAAGAUAUUUGGAAGAGUUUCGAGUUUCCACUGUAGAGACGCCGGGGCUUUUACAGGGAAACGUGCAACAGCGUGUGCAGCAAUGUGGGGCGUGCUUACUGAGGAUUGGACUGUCAACACCACGUUGCCACACUUCACUUUUGCCCAUUAAGGACUUUCAGGCUGACUUUUUUUAUAUUUAAAGCAAUAUUAGUUUUGUAAAAUUGAAAUUAAAUACGUUAACCUGAUUAUCACGACCCUAUUGGUGUUAUUAACGCAUGCGCAUCAAGUCAAGCCAUACCUCUCUGUCAUGACGGCAGGUGGAAGCACAGCAUAAUGUCCCUACUCGGUCACACACAGUCUGACGCUGUUUUACAACUUUAUUCUGACCUGAACACAUCAACAGCAGGGCAAUUCCAACACCAUAUAUGUACCUCUAACUCACAAAACACUCUAGUUCUCCUCGGAAUGACACUUCCUCAUUGUCACGCGACGGCCGCGAGAUGCUUUCAAGGACACUCCGAAAAUCACAGGAAUAUCUCAAUUAUGCGCAUAUGUGUGGUCUAAUUAAACAAAAAGACACAAAAAAACAAAAAGUGGACAUUCCUAUCACUCGCUAACCUAACUCUAACUGUGGAAGUACAAUUUGAUGCAUUUAUAAGCUCGGAAAUCCCAGAAAAUACAGCU